GCAAGCGAAAUGGGUUUUACCCGCGGCGGGGGCGGGGGCGUUGUCACCUUGCCACAACUACAUGCUCCGCGGGAGGGGGGCGCCCUUCUCCCCCCACUGCGCUGAGGCUUAGCCGGGGCCUGGAGGGUAGGCCUCGUUGCCAUGGUGACCGCGGCCUAGCUUUGGGCUCGGGUAAUCCGAACCGGCUCUCAACUGGCGUUGCCGAGCUCGCAUGGAGGGAGCCCAGCCGGAGCAAGCACAUAUAGAAGACAUAACUCAGCAGCUCAAGGAAGAAGGGGUUGACACUACAGCGCCUGCAAAGGACCAGCUCUGUUAUGUCUGGAGUUUGUUCCUACGUAGUCAAGAGGAGUUGCAUUCUGCUGCCGGAGAGUUAGAGAAACUCAGGCGACAGCAAGUGGAAGAGAUGAGAGAGGUGGAAAAUUACGUGGCCCACAUCCGUAUGUUGACAGAAGCACGGGAUUCUUUGGCAACUGCAUUUGAGAGAGAAAAUGCGCAGCUUAGGGUGGAAGUUACACAGCUACAACUUGAGCAAGAAUCUCAGCAGAAGGAAGUGGAAGAAAUGUUGGAGCAGGAAGGCUUGUUUGAUAUCGCCCACAGCAGCCCCAGUGAACAGGUUGCUUAUUUGCUGGUUGAGAGAAGCACCCUGCUGGAGAAGAUAGAUGCGCUGGAGCAAAAACUGCAAUCCCCCAGCUGUUUGGAAAGCCUUUGCGCUGCUCAGCUUCAGGAUCAGUUGGAUCAUAUCCAGCGGACACUAGAAGAUGAGCUUCAGGAGCAACGGAAAUCUAUGCAGUGCACCAAAGAGAUGACGCAUAAAUCUCAUGCUGAAGAGCUGGCUAGACAAAGUGCCUUGCUUAGGCACACUGAGCAGCACCUGGAGGAAGCCACACACAGGUUGCAGUUGGCGCAGGCAGAGAUCCGGAGGCUAACAGAAGAAUUGGCCACGCAGAAGGAAAACCAGAGCAAACUGGCUCCAUCCAUGGCAGAGAGCUUGAAAGAAGAGGCGAAUAAGGUGAAAGACAGUGAAAUGUCAGAGCUACAGAAGGCCAGGGAGCUGAACAUCCGAUUGGACCAAGAAAUCCUGGCACUACGCAGCAGAGUCCAACUCCUCGACUCGGAGAGACAAAUGUUCUUGGAGCAGGCGGAAAAGCUUGAUGAGGAGGUUCCCAAGUAUCAGGUGACUGAGGAAGAGCCAAGAUAUGUAUUAGCCAGGACGGACCAAACUAAAGAACAAGAAGGCUGCUUGUUGCAGGAUAAAAAUGGAAAGCUGAAAGCUGAAGAAGAAACAAGCUUUUUGGACGAAGCUGCCUCAGAAUCUGAACAUAACAAGGCCCUUCAUCAGAGGUGCCGCCAAGCCAUUGAAGGGUGGAAUGCCAAACCACAGCUCUGCACAAGCUCCUGCACGAGGCUCAGUUGGAGGAGAUCAGUGAGAGAACAUGGCACACAGAUUUCUCAUUUAGAGGCAGAACUCUGGAAAGCGCAGAAGAGUAAAUCCGAUAUGGCUGACGAAGAAACAAGCAAAGUGGCAGAUUCCCAAGAGGUGGAGAAAAGUAAGCGAGAGAAGGUGGAAGAGCUGGAAAGCAAACUCUUGGAGGAGACAGAGUGGAGGAAGCAGCUGGCCUGCAACCUCGAAAUGACACAGAAAGCAUUGAAAGAUGGAAAGAAGGAGCUGCACAGUUCCAAGUCAGAGCUUCUGCGGCUUCGGGGAGCAGCUGAGGAAAGAGAUUUUCUGCACGUGACUCUUGAGAAACUACAGCAGGAGAAUGUGAUGCUGGAAAUGAAGGUGUCAGAGCUCUUCCAGGAAUGUGAGCAGCUCAACCAUGUUCUUACAGAAGGGAAAAAGCCUGGGGAAAUAUCGGUGGCAAGCCGGAGGAUGUGCCCUGAGCUGACAGCUAAGGAGAGGGCUUUGGAAGAUCAGAUCCGCAGCCAGGGAGAAGAAAGAGAGCAGCUGCGUGUUAAAUUGUUAGAGAGCAAGAAGAAAACAGAGGAACUAGAAAAGAAGGUUAAGGAGAGCUAUGAAGAGAGAAGACGCCUGUGGGAAGAAAACAUGCAGUUAAGGAAAGACAUGCUGGAUCUCCAGUGUCAGCUUAACACCAAGAGCACGGCAAACGUCAGGGCGAAGCGUGAGGCUGGCUUUGGAGAGAACCCACCCCGCAAGACACAGACUCCCAUGGGGAGCACAGAUGGAGAACCAAAGCAGGGUCUGCUGGGGGAGAGAACUGAGCAGAAGGAGGACGGGCAUCUUCUCUGGCAGGAUGUUCAGCGUAUUCAGAACUUGGGCAGCUCCGCCGAGAAGGAGCUGAGGUACGAAAGGGAGAAGAACUUGAAAUGCAACAUCUUGCUUCAGCAAGAAAACUUCAAGGUCAAAGCCGAGCUGAGGCAAAUGCAGCUGAAGCUCUCCGACUCCGCCAAGGCCUGUUCGUCACUCACUUCACAGUGGGAGCUCAGUCAGCAGAAGGUCAAAGAGCUGGAGCUGGAGCUGCUCAGGCAGACGCAGGCGGCCAAGCAGCUGAGCGGCCUGAGGGAAAAGAUCGCCCAGGAGAAAGCCAGGGCCACUGAGGCUGAGAGAAAGAUUUUGGAACUGCAGCAAACACUGAAGGAAUCUCACCACCAAGUACGGCUCUCCGAGACCCACGUCUUGGUGAGGAAGCAGAUGGAGGAGCAGCUGAAGGAGGCCAGGGAAGAGGAAACCAAGGCCCAGCGGCAGUUCCAAGAGGAGCAGCGAAAAAGGAAGCUCCUGGAUCAGCAGACAGAAGAUCUGCAGCAGCAGCUCAGGCACUCCCAGGAGAAUGAGGCGCAACUGGCCAGGACUUUUGCUGAGCUGCAGAUCCAGCAUCAGCAUCAGGAGGCCCAGUUGCGGAUCCUGGAAGAAGAGAAGAAAACCCUCUCCAAUGAGCAUCUCCAGUGUCAGAAAUACAGCCAGAAGAUUUCAGGGCAGCUGUUGGGGUUGCAACAGGAGAGGGAAACCCUCCGGGAAGAGUAUGAGCACAUCCUGAAGGAGGUGGCCAUUUCUGUCAGGAAACAGAAAGAGCGACAGCUCCGGCAUAAGGCCAAGCUCCGGCGAGCGAAGGAGACCUUUAUCUGCGAAGUGAAGCAGCGUGAUGUCCGCAUCAGGCAUCUCGAGAACGAACUCAAGCUCUCCAAAAGUCAGUCAGAAAAGGAUGCAAUGCUGAUCGCGCAGGUGACCACUGAGAACGACAGUUUACUCCAAGAAAAGCGGAAGCUCACUCAGCAGCUCCACAAACUGGAGGAAGCGGAGCGGAGCAGCAAGCAGGAACUCUCCACAAUCCAGAGCAGAGUGCGGCUUCUGGACGAGGAGAACAAGCAGCUCCAGGAAUGGACCCUGCAGCUGACGGGUCAGGUUGGGCUCCUGGAGCGGGCACUGAGGAGCAUUCAUAGCCACAGCUUGGAGGAGCUGAAGAGUAUUGGCUUCUCUGAAUUCCAACCGCAAAGCAAAGUUCUCCCCCUUCGCAGCGUAAGCUUCUCAGUGAUGGAGCUUUCGGACUCUCACGGCCUUCUGAAAGCUGUCCAGGAUGGCAAACCCGAGGACCACACAGAAAGGUCUCUGCUUGCCUCUUUGCCCUGCCCACCUUCGGAGAUUGGCUACUUGAACGUGGCUUCUCCUGGGGAAACCUCAGACUUACGCACAGAGGAGCAGAGUCAAGCCUUGUGCUGUGAUCACAUCUAAGGGGAAAAGGGGGAAAUUCCGAAGUGGAAUAACAGUACAGAAACCUCUUGUCACUGCUAGGUAGUAUUGCUUCCAUUUGUCAGGCUGCUUUAUCAGACUUUUAGCUUUAAAGAAAACCUAAAGAAAAUCUAAAGACCUUACUGUCUUUGCUAAAAAUGUGACUUGUACAGAUGUAGUUAUGAGUCUUUAAAAUAUUUAUUUUUUAUUAAAAUUUGUAAAUGAUAACAAGAGAGGGAUAGUUUUACAUACACACAAAAAAAAAAGAAAACAGCAAAACUGUUCAUUCCUUCAUUUUUUCAUUUGGCAUGUCUCUGUGGGGAUUCCAUACCUUAAGGAAAUGCCCACUUGAAAGGAAACUACUAUAAUUGUUUUGUCUUUUCCUGCUGAAUAUGCCACAUAUUAUUUUAGUUAUAAGUCUUUUAUCUUGUGCCAGAUUUUUAAAUAAAUAUUCCAGAAAUGUA